ACUCGAAAUCCAUCACCCACAAGCAUACGCAUACACUCCCUCAGCCAUCCGGACCACGGCACGACCCAUUCCACAACAGACUCACAGCUCGACACAGCUGCUGCGACUUUCGCCUUCACCGCCUUCAAUCGCGCAUCGCGGGGAAAAAAAAACUCUACAAUUCUUCUCGCUAUACAAUCACUCGCAUGUCCAUAUAACAUCUUUCCACACACACCCUACCGACCAUUCCCUAAACAAACAUGGUCAAACCCCAUAUCCUCACCGUCCUCUCCAUCCUCCCCCUUUCCUUCGCUACCGUCGCUACCGUCGCUACCCUCGAUAAUACCGAUUCGCACAAUGGCCUCUCGCCCGAAUCAGUCCAUCAUGCCGCUACUCGCCAGGCAGUAGACAUGCCCGAACGCGCAAUCACUCGGGAUCGUGGUCAUGGCGAACAACUGAUACGGAAAGCCAGUGCGCGCAAGAGGUCCGUGGAGAGGAGGAGGAGGAGUACACCGCCGCCGUUUGUGGGUGUAGGCGGUGUGGAGCUCGAUUUGGUCGGAAGAGAGGAUCGGGGGAUGGUCAAGCGGUCAGAUAAUGGUACUCUGCUACCUUUAGGGACAAGCCAAAACACGUUUGUUGUGCCCGUGUCAAUAGGUUCACCGCCGACCACCUACCCUCUCCAAUUAGACCUCGCCUCGUCCGAUAUCCUCCUCGCCUCCACCUUGUGCGGCUCCCAUUGUCCUACAUCACUUGGAACCACGACGAACCCAUACUAUGACGUCUCCAAGCAUUCUGCCGGUUUCGAAUCGAUCGACUCGAAUCAGACAGUGUGGAAUACGAGCUAUGCGGACGGGACAGUCGCAUCUGGCUUCUUGGCGACAGAGACGAUCAUCCUGGGAGACAGUGUGCUGCAAGGCCAAGUGUUUGGGAUGAUCAAUGCGACGAAUCUGACGCUGAGCAGUCAAAAGAGUUCUGGGAUUCUCGGCCUGGGUUUCCCGAGAUUAUCUACUUUGACGCAUGUGCUUUUUGAAAAGCAUGAACAGGCAAAUACGAUUGCUUCUACAAGCAGUAGCAGUCUCGCGAAUGAAACAUCUGUUUCGACAGUGUCCAAUGCGACGGGGACCGCGAGCGCGUCUACAGCCAGCGCAUCCCGCCCGGCUUACUUUCCCACUCUUCUCGAAAACCUCGUACGGACACCACACCUGCCUUACCCUGUAUUCGCACUCGCCUUGUCCGCCCCUAUCAAAUCCUCUUCAACCUCCACCUCUUCCUCGUCUUCAGCCGCCGCCUCUGCAUCAUCACGCUACAGGCCAUCUAUCGGCUCGCUCACUUUGGGUGGCCUGUCGAGUUAUUAUGUCGAUGAUACCGAGGGAUCAGGCAGGACGGUAGGGGAUAUCGAGUGGCAUGAUGUGGUGCCUUUUGGGCAACCUGUCUCGGCGAAUGAUACGGCUACAGAGGAGCAAGCUCUCACGGCGAGCACUGGUACUCUAUCAGCUUCGUCGACGAGCGAGAACAGCGAAGCGGCAUCUACUUCCGACGCACAACGUAAACGGAGCGAUGAAUCCCAACUCGACGCUUUCCCCUCGACCGUUUCCGAACUAUCCCAAGAAGAAUACCUUUACUGGGCACUCGACCUUGAAAGCGUGACUGUGAACGGUACAGACGUCGGUAUCAACUCGUCUUACGCCUCGAUCGGCCUCGGCUCCGUGGCCUUGCUUGAUGCAGGGUUUAACGGUAUCGCGGGACCACAGCAGGAUGUGGUCAAGCUGUUUCGCUUGAUCACUGAUGCGCGAGAAGUAUCAGAAGGUCAAUGGGCGGUGCCUUGUAAUACUCGAAUGACUUUGGGAUUCUCUUUCGGUGGGAGGUACAUCCAGCUCCAGCCGUCUGAUUGGAUUUAUGCCGGUAUCGCACAGUCAAGCAUGUGUCUCGCUUGGCCUAUCGCUCAGCCCGCGACAGGCGACGGGAUUGAUUGGCAACUGGGUACUCCGUUUUUAAAGAAUGUGUAUACUAUCUUUAGCUAUGGAAUCAACGGGAAACAAGCGCCGCUGGUCGGUUUCCUCCCACUUGAAUCCACAUCCGUCGCCAGCAACUCUACGGAUGACUACAACUCCAUCACCACCUCUACCGCCGACGGUAACUCGCCUACACCCACCUCCAUCGCCGCCCUAUCGCUCACCACCACCCUUCAAACCGCCUUGCCCAACGCCGUCCUCCCAGACCCGACAUUCCCAACCCCCACGUACGUAUACUCUGCCACCCCUGCACUCCUUCAGCCCGGUGCACCGCAGUACUUGGGUUUGGCGAAUAGCAGCGCGUACGAGGUGAUGGAUGUGCCCGUGAUAAGUGUGGAUAACAGCGCGGUUAGUAGUAUCGCAGUAGGGAAUAAUGGGGGGGGGAGUAACGUGAGUGAUGAUGGGUCGAGUAGUGCCGCGCCCAGGAGGAUGGGGGCGGAGACGGUAGUUGGGAUGGGAGUCAUGGUGAUUGGGAUGAUAAUGGGUGGACUCUUGGUUUAACGCAAGCGGACAUUUUGUGUCAUGGAUAACAGCAGCAUAGUGCUUGAUGAUUUUCAGUAUAGCAUAGUAUACGGACGAUCCAUGUACGACAGCGGACUUUUCUUUUUCUUUUUUCUUUCUAUUAUUUGUAACGAAAACAUGCAUCUGUAUGAUCUAGUG